AUGUCGAGCACAAAGCCAACCACAAAAGCAGCUACAAAAGCAACCACAAAGUCAAAAGAUAAGUCUGACAAAUCGGACAAGGCGAAAACUCACAAACUCUCUCUGAAAGGUUCUUCGAAACUCGUUGCGGAAUUUUUCCAAUACUCAAUAAAUACUAUUCUCUUUCAGCGAGGUGUAUACCCCGCAGAAGACUUCUCAGCAGUCAAGAAAUAUGGCCUCACAAUGCUUGUUUCCUCGGAUGACCAAGUCAAAGCCUACAUCAAGAAAAUUAUGUCCCAACUCGACAAAUGGAUGAUAAACGGAAAGAUUACCAAACUAAUCGUCGUGAUUACUUCCAAAGAAACCGGCGAAGAUGUUGAACGCUGGCAAUUUGAUGUUGAAAUCUUCAACAAACCCUCCAAGAAAUCAUCCAAAUCUAAAUUCUCUACUACACCAUCCACAUCCGAAAAUGCACCCACAGAGGGAGAAGCACCUGCACCCGCACCCGCUCCCGAGAAAACCGAAGCAGAAAUCCAAUUAGAGAUUCAAUCGAUAUUCAGACAGAUUACGGCUAGUGUUACAUUUUUGCCAGAACUGGAUGGCGCAUGCACAUUUAAUGUUCUGGUCUACGCAGAUGCAGACAGUGAGGUUCCAAUGGAAUGGGGAGAUAGUGAUGCGAGAGAGAUUGUGAAUGGAGAGAAAGUCCAAUUGAGAAGUUUCAGUACGGCUAAUCAUAAGGUCGGAACGAUGGUUAGCUACAGAGUAAUGGAAUAA